GAAAACAACCGUGAACCGGCAAUCAAACCGGUCUCGAAAAACUGCCUACAGUUUGAAAAAAAACCAUGGCAUACAAUCAGUAGAGAGAGAAAACUUUUAAAAUUCCCGAAUUACCCCUUCCCGAAAUCGCCACUCCAAUCUAUUAUUUCUUGCUGUCCAAAAUCGCUCAGUCUCUCUCUUCUUCUUUUUCGUCGCUUGGCUGCAGCAAUGGGGUCUAAGGAGUGGCAAGGGAAGGAAAAUUCGACGGACAGGAAAGGGCAAAAACGGAAAUUAGACCAACAACAAGAGGAGAGAGAAUCCACCGCCAUUGUUUCCGGCGAUGCUCUCCGCCGUGAGGUGGCUGCUCAGGUCGAUAUUCUCGCCGCCAAUUUCUCGUGGACUGAGUCCGAUAGAGCGUCUGCUAAGCGUGCUACUCAUCUACUUGCGGAAUUGGCGAAAAAUGAGGAUGUAGUGAGUAUAAUCGUGGAAGGUGGAGCGGUUCCUAUAUUGGUGAAGCAUCUUCAGGCGCCGCCGUCGCCGGUGGAGGACGAUGGCGUAAAGCCAUAUGAGCAUGAGGUUGAGAAAGCUAGUGCUUUUGCUCUUGGACUUCUUGCAGUAAAGCCAGAGCAUCAACAACUCAUUGUUGAUGCAGGUGCCUUACCUCUCUUCGUAGAUCUUUUAAAAAGGCACAAGUGUGGCUUGAAUUCUCGGGCUGUCAAUGGUGUCAUUAGGAGAGCUGCUGAUGCAGUAACUAACCUUGCUCACGAGAAUAGCAGCAUCAAAACGCGUGUCAGGACGGAAGGUGGUAUUCCACCUCUUGUUGAACUACUUGAAUUUAAUGAUGCAAAGGUACAGAGGGCAGUGGCCGGGGCACUGCGCACUCUCGCUUUUAAAAAUGAUGAAAAUAAGAAGCAGAUUGUUGAAUGCAAUGCUCUUCCUUCUUUGAUUCUGAUGCUUAGAUCUGAGGAUUCUGCUAUACAUUAUGAAGCGGUUGGUGUGCUUGGAAAUUUGGUUCAUUCGUCGCCCAACAUAAAAAAAGAUGUCCUGCUUGCUGGAGCUUUACAACCUGUUAUUCGGUUACUCAGUUCAUGCUGCUCUGAGAGCCAGAGGGAGGCAGCUUUAUUACUUGGACAAUUUGCUGCAACCGAUUCAGAUUGCAAGGUUCAUAUUGUUCAGAGAGGUGCUGUUCCGCCUUUGAUUGAAAUGCUCCAGUCCCCAGAUUUACAGCUGAGGGAAAUGUCAGCUUUUGCUUUGGGGAGGCUAGCACAGGAGUCACAUAAUCAAGCCGGGAUUUCUCAUAGUGGUGGUUUGGUGCCACUAUUAAAGCUUCUUGAUGCAAAAAAUGGGUCUCUUCAACAUAAUGCUGCUUUUGCUCUCUAUGGUCUUGCAGAUAAUGAGGAUAAUGUUGCUGAUUUUGUAAAAGUGGGUGGUCUUCAGAAGUUGCAGGAAGGAGAGUUUAUUGUUCAGGCAACCAAAGACUGUGUAGCGAAGACCCUUAAACGAUUAGAAGAGAAGAUUCAUGGCCGGGUUUUGACCCACUUGAUGUACCUCAUGCGUGUUGGGGAAAAAUUAGUUCAAAGACAAGUCGCUUUGGCUCUUGCUCAUCUAUGUUCUCCGGAGGACCAGAGAUCAAUUUUCAUUGAUAGCAAUGGACUGGAAUUACUUCUUGGGCUUCUCAAAUCCACUAGUACUAAGCAACAACAUGAUGGUGCUGUGGCCCUCUGUAAAUUGGCCAGCAAAGCUAUGACCCUUUCCCCUGUUGAUGCAGCUCCUCCUUCUCCCAUAUCACAGGUUUACUUAGGCGAACAGUAUGUAAAUAGUGCAACACUGUCUGAUGUUACUUUUCUUGUUCAAGGUAAACGGUUCUUUGCUCAUCGAAUCUGCCUUCUUGCAUCAUCUGAUGCCUUCCGUGCAAUGUUUGAUGGUGGUUAUCGGGAAAAGGAUGCCAGAGAUAUAGAGAUUCCUAACAUCAGAUGGGAGAUUUUUGAAUUGAUGAUGAGAUUUAUAUAUACUGGAUCAGUAGACAUAAAACCAGACAUAGCACAAGAUCUCCUUAGGGCUGCAGAUCAGUAUCUUUUAGAGGGGCUAAAACGCCUUUGUGAAUAUACCAUAGCCCAGGACAUAUCCCUGGAGAAUGUGUCAAGCAUGUAUGAGCUUUCUGAGGCAUUUCAUGCUGUGUCAUUGAGGCAGGCUAGCAUCCUUUUCAUCUUAGAGCAGCAUGAUAAAUUGAGUGCUAGACCAGGGCAUUCAUCUCUUAUGCAGCAUAUUUUGCCAGAAAUUAGAAAUUACUUUCUCAGAAUACUCACCAAACCGAAUGCUCUGAAUUAGUGACUUAAAAGCUUCCAGUUUUUCAUCUUCGAUCUUAGAAAUGGUCUGGUUGAAGCAUCAAAUCGCCUACAAGCAAGAUUGUUGUGUUUCUACUACGUGAUCCAAAAGGUGUCUCUUUCGGCUGACAUUUCGAAUCUCCUGCAAUAUCUACCGUUUGCUAUUUGAUGAGUCUAAGCCACCUUGCUUUUUUCUAAUCACGUUGUGUCCUCGUGAGAGCAUAUACUGGCUGUUUUUAUGGCAUGUCCUAUACUAAUUUUCUAACAAGCAGUAAAAUAUUAGAGCUUGACAUCUCUUGAAGCAGUUAUGUACCAAGCAUAUGUGGUGUCUGAUCUGGUUUCUUCAGGAACAGUUUUAGGAUAUAGUUGUUUCUUGUGCAUGCAAACACAUCAGGCUCAUACCGAUCUCGCUGGGAAAGCGUCUAAACAUCCGACCUUCAGAACUACCAGGGUGACUUCUCACUUUUGACAUUGGCAGAUGUUGAGUUCAAAUGAUACAAAUUUUAGGAUGAUGCCGUUAGAGUUAGUAAGUUGACCAAUUAUAUAAUUAAAUGAAAAUUGUGCUUGAUUUACGAGAAUCUGGAAAAGUUGUAGUUUGCUCCUUAAGCAUAGAAUCUUAUUCCUGUAUAUUUUUUUGCUCUUACUAAAUGUAAUUACGUUUUCAUGAUUCUAUAAGCUGGUGAUUUAGGUGUCAUGUGUAA